UUUUUUUUAUCAGUGCGGUGUUUGAAUUCGUAACUGGAGGUUGUCGCUUUCUGCUCGCUUAUCGAUUUCUUCGUUAGUAAUGUGUUAUUCUUGUGUUUGUAUUAAAAACAUGCCGAAUUUGACACGGGAAUAAAUUCGUAUCGUAUUUAUGUGCUUUCCUUUGAGUGUGCUCGUAUAAAGUAUUCAAUAAACAAUCAUAAUAUUGAUUAUUGACUGACCAACCUGUGUUUAUAUUUCUAAGCAAGUCCCCUGCAAAAUGUCAACGAUUUGAACACUCGGAAACCGCCAAUAAAUACGAACGAACGAAUUAUUUAUCUGUGCGAUGCGUUCAGAAACGUACAGAUUAAAUUAAACCGACUGUGAUGCAGUUUUAGAACGCGCGAAAGAGAAGCGAGCGAGACGCACAGCUGGAUUCGAAAAUAGAACAUUCAAAAAUAGUGAAAAAAUGUUGGGCUCCAAGUCAGUAUCGGGGAGACCGUCGGCGGGUGAACACGCCGCAUGGUGGGAAACACCAUGGAAAACUAUGGCUGACCUUGCAGAAGCCGUCGACGACCUCAUAUGUAGUUUCGACUAUAUGGACACAGCGAUGGAUAACCUAGUGAUGCUCGUAUUCAUUUGGAUUGUAUUCUCGAUAGUGUUGCUGGGGAUCGCGAAAUGGGCGUACGGCAAGUUCGGGGCGAGGAAAGUAGAGGAGAAGGUGGAGAAGAAAGGUAGUGACGAAACGAAGAAGACGGCGAACGAGAUAAUCAGCAGUGCUGAUAGUGUGUUGGCGACGAGCGCAAAGAUAAAGACCGGGGCGUUUAAGCCGUCGAAGCCGAGUGGAUUUAUCCCCGCGACUCCGCCGAACAAGAAGAGAUUAGGUCGGAUGUCCCCUGGACCAGAGCAGUUGUCUCUCAAGAAGCACCAGAGCGUCAUAGUGCCGACGUGCACGGGCGCGGACGCGGCGAGCGUUCAAUGGGUGAACGAGCUGUUGACGUGGUUAUAUAAUGAUCUGGUUAUUGUGAAUGAACUUGUGCAGCAAUGGAUCGUGUCCAUGAACGAGUUCUCGAAGAAAUCGGUGGAGGAGCAAGGCAUCGGCGUGGAGCUAGUGAGAGCGUUAGACAGCCACCCGCCUAGCAUCUCAAACAUCUUCUGUGAGUGCGACAGCAAAGAUGACGUCACGAUCACCUGCGACUGCGAAGCGACACCCGCAUUCCAGCUUAAAGCCUUCAGCCAAAUGGGGGAUAAAGUGGAGGUCUCACAUUAUAGAGUUAAUGUUAACAGAUUUCGCGCGCGUCUCCACGUGACAUGCGUAACGGAGAAAUUGACAGGAGAACUCAAAUGUGACGGUUGGCCCGAGGUGAAAGUGGCCCUUGCCCCCGUGGGGCCGUUACGGCCGAACACCGCUGAGAGCAAUCUACAACAGCUAGUUAGUGACAUCAUAGUAAGCGCUCUUCGCAACACCAAUUUGAAGUUCAAUUUGGCCCCUUACCCCACUUGCCCCAGACUGAGGCGGUAUACGGCGGAAUCUACCCCGAGACUGCCCCUACAUUAUGACUCUAUGUUACAACAAGACAGACACAUGUACACAUCAACACCAAAUUCGACGGCCGGUUGCAUUCAGCUCUUGGGUGAUAAACGAUUGUUGGUCAAAGUCGUUGGUGCUAAGGAUAUUGGAGGCAAAACCGGGUGUAUAGCUCCAUACUGCGUGGUAGAAAUGGAUGAACCACCGCAGAGGAAUCAGACAGCAUUCAAAAAGGACACCUCAAGCCCUCAGUGGGAAGAACAUUUUCUAUUCGAUCUAUCGCCCCAAACUGCGGAAUUACUCUUCGAAGUGUAUGACAGAACCGGCCCCCCCUCCCCUGGUGGGGCGACUACACAAAAUAGGUUCCUAGGUCUAGGUCUAGUAGGUAUAGACGAGUUACUGGCCGCACCUUCACAACGCCAGCAGAUAGCGCUACAGACUCGACCGAUGGAGGAACACGAUGUUAGCGGCUGUCUUACUGUUGAGUUCCUUUUCAUAGAGGGCGCUGAUAUACCAGACUUAGGAUCUAAGCCAAUGAAAAUCAAGGAGAGUUUACGAACACUAUCACCGCAAGGGCAAAUGACAACAAUGACCAAAACUAUAUUUAAACAGAAUGGUCACGAAAAUUCAGCACUAACAGAGACAGCCCUAAGAGAAUUAGAACGGAGUCCUAGCAACGCGAACAAAUCCACACUGAUUAUACAUUCAGUACAAAGGGAGCCGACGAAAUCAAUAAAGGUUGAAAUGACAGACUCUGGCAAGUUUAUCGAAGUUGAGCGCGAAGCAAGCAUUAAAGAGAGUCCAGAAGAAAAAUCAAACGAAAUAAAUGACAAAAUAAGUGAAAAAGACGAAAACACAAGUGACACAGAUAAAAAAUCGGAAACGGUGGAGGAAAAAAAAGAUGUGACGUCAUCAACGGUUAGUCCGAGCCAAUCUCCCGCCAAAAGUGUAAGGAUAAAAGAAAAUGGCGCGAAAUCGAACGGCACGGAGGCGCAAGGAGACUAUGUAAAUAACCAAGAACCACCACCAGAACCUGCACCAAGACAAAAGAGGAAACGAGAUUUCUUUGGAACCAUUAAGAGAAGGCUAGGUAGAUCCCGUACAAGAGGCCAAUCGCUCGAUCUGACUGACUCUGAGAUCGAGAAUCAGCGCUUACGCAGCAUCAGUGCUGAGAGAAAUAGCCAUGAUAAAACGUUAUCACUAGCGAAUAGAAAUGUUUAUUCCGCCGGCGCGUCGCCUGCACAGUCCGGGGACGAAUCUAGGACAUCGAGAAGGUCCUCUCUCAGUGAAGUCUCCGGAUUUAGUACCGCAUCAGCAAGGACGUUCAUCCACGAAGCUUCCACGCUGGUACUGGAGACAAUAGAGGCUGGUAUCAAGAAACAUUACCUUGUUCCUCUGACCGUCGCGCAGAGAUCAAGAUGGCGGCGGAAAGGCGUCAAACUGCACAUUUACAAUGAGCACACGUUCAUCGCUAAACAUCUUAGCGGCGGAACGGUGUGCGAGGUGUGCAACAAGACGGUAGCGCGGCGGCUCGGCAAGCAGGGCUACGAGUGCCGCGACUGCGCCAUGCGCUGCCACAAGCACUGCCACGUGCGUGUGCCCGCGCCCUGCCCGCGCUCCACCGUGCACAACAUGGAGCUAUCCAUGCUCCCAGUGCUAAAUGAAUAGUCAAGCUAAGAAGACUGCAAGAAAAAAAAUAAAAAUCCAAAAAAAUCAGGGCUUACAUCUCAUCGCCAUACACGGAUAAGAAUAUACGGAUGUUGUGAUCUUUUAUAUAAAUGUAGCUUACGCACAAAUGAGCUGUUACUUAAUAUAUAAAUUGUUUAUUAAAUUAUAAAAAAAUAUAUAAUAUACACCCAUACUAUAAGUACAACACGCUGAAAUGUGUAGGCUUUUUAUACAUAUUUAUUAUAUAAAUUUAUAUACAUCAUACUUUAUGAGUCGAGUAUGAGAUUAUACAUUUUUUAAUUGUUAAAAUAUUACGAAGUCUCGUCUCAUAAAAUAUGAGAUAGAAGGUAAGAAGUAGUUGAAAAUCCUUAAAUACAUUCAAGUGCAUAUUGCGUCUAUGCAGUUUGUGCUCUGUGUAGUAUUUUAUCUGCUUGCUAUAACUAUAUUGGCUAAUUAUAGAGUAGUUUAGCGUCGCUAGAGCCCACCUUUAAUUAAAAAUUCAUUAAUCAAACUGUUUUGAAAGUCUUAUAUAAAAAAAUUGUCCAAUGUUCGUCGAUUUUUCAAAAUCCCUACCUCAUUUCUCUUUACCGCGAAGUUACCAAACGAAAACUUUAUACUUUUUAUCUGUUUUAUAAGUUAUAAAUGACGGUAGUGACAGUAAUAACUGCAGCUGUUAAAUCGUUAUUUUGAUUGUAACAUAGCUAUAAGUGCUUACGCACAAUCUAUGAAGUCCAAAUGUGCAAUAAUUAUUUACAAAUGAAAUCUUCUCUCGAAUAAUAAACUUUAAUAUAUUUAACAUGUAAUACCACCAGUGUUUUACUGAUUAUUAUAUUUAUUUUAUGUUGUAAAACCAGAAAUUUGUAAUGUGUUCUGUUAUUUUAUUCACAAUAACAUAGACAAUGUUUUUUUAAUUGUGAGUAAUUGUAAAAUAUUAUCUGUCGUAAAAAUCUUACAUGACAAAUGUGUACUUUAUUAUAUUAAGGUUGUUGCAUAAUUUAUGUGGUUAUAUACAAGUAAUAUUGUUUAUAAAUGUUGGCAUUGUGUUUCUGUAAUUUUAUUUUCUUCUUUUAAUAAAAGGAUGCCUUUUUAA